AUGUGCGCCAUGCCUGAAAAAAGCAUCCAAUCCACCGCCGAUGUGUCGACGAACAUAGCAACCGUUACGCCAAACACCGACGUGGAAAGCAGCAGCCAUACGACCGGCGAAGAAGAAUCAAAUGAUGUGGAGACGAAAGCCUUCAUCAUAUUCAUGACAGCAUUUGGAAGCAUAUUUUCUCCGCUCUCCGGUCAGAUGUACCUGCCUAGUCUCAACACCAUGGCACGGGAGUACCACGUCUCGAUCGCCAAUAUCAAUCUUUCAGUUACUACCUACAUGAUACUCCAGGGUAUCGCCCCCAUGUUCUUUGGAGACCUGGCCGACCAAGCUGGAAGACGUCCAGUGUACAUAAUGUGCUUCACCAUAUACGUUUUCGCGAACCUAGGCCUGGCGCUGCAGCGGGACUACGCGGCGUUGCUGGUCCUGCGGGCAUUGCAGAGCUCAGGCAGCAGUGGAACCAUUGCACUAGCUAACGGCGUUGUCGCAGACAUCACGACCAGCACCGAGCGAGGCUCUUAUGUUGCUUGGGUGCAAUUAGGCACGCAGCUAGGUCCGGCGCUGGGCCCUGUGAUCGGCGGAAUUUUAUCACAAUUCCUAGGCUGGCCGUCAAUAUUUUGGUUCCUUCUCAUCGCCAGCGGUAUUUAUCUCAUCCUCUACGUCGGCUUCGUGCCAGAAACCGGCCGUAACAUCGUCGGUGAUGGAUCGAUACCGCCGCAGGGCUGGAACAAAUCUCUCACGAACUUCCUCGAGGACCGAUCGCGAGAGCAGAAAGGCACGGCCGAGCAAGUAAUUGCCAAAACCAGUCGCGUGAAGUUCCCCAACCCUCUCAAUGCGCUCCGCAUAAUUGUCGAGAAGGACGUCUGCAUCAUCCUAUUCGUUCUCUCCAUGUACAUGGCCUGCUUCUUCUGCCUCAUGGUCCCGAUGCCCAGCCUCUUCGCCGAGACCUACGACUUCAACACACUCCAAGUGGGUCUCUGUUACAUCCCGUUCAGCGUCGGCGCCAUAGUCGGCAGCCUAACCUGCGGCCGCCUCAUGGACCGCAACUACCGGCGCGUGGCGCAGCGGGCUGGCUUCCCCAUCGACCGCAAGCGCAGCACCGACUUGCGGCGCUUCCCGAUCGAGCGCGCCCGCCUCGGCCUCGCCUGGUACCCGUUGUUCACGGGCUCGACCGCGAUCUUGGUCUGGGGCUGGGUGCUGCGCGCACGCACCUCGCUCGCCGCGCCGCUCGUCGUGCUCUUUGUCGGCGGAGCAGGCCUCAGCGGCGCCAUGUCCAUGAUCACGAGUCUGCUCGUCGACUUGUAUCCUACUAGCCCGGCGACGGCGACGGCCGCGUUGAACGUGUGUAGGUGUUUGUUGAGCGCUGCGGCGACGGCGGUUGUCGAGUAUAUUAUCAAGGCGUGGGGACUGGGCUGGACGUAUACGUUUUUGGGGCUGGUCAUGUUUGCGUGCGCGCCGCCGCUGCUGCUGGUUUUGAAGUUUGGGCCUACGUGGCGCGAGGAGAGGUUUUUGAGGAUAGAGGGGAAGGAGAGGAAAAGACAGGAAGCAAAGGAACAGGGGGCGAAAGACGCGACGAAGGAGUAG